AUGGAUGUUUUGGAAACGAUAACGGAGUGGAACGAAUGUAGCGAUCAAGACAAGGCAAAAGCCGAUGUCUUCUUCCAUAAACACAUUGAUGAGAUGUUGCAAUUUGAAUAUUCAAAUUUUGAGGAUCCAUACGUUUUGUGGGAAGAUUUAAAAAGCAGAUUUGAUAAUCAAAGGGAAGUUUUACUUCCCACUUCUAGAGAUAAAUGGAACAAUCUCAGGUUCCAGGAUUUUAAAAAGGUGAAUGAAUACACCUCUGCUUUGUACAGGAUAUGCUCAACGCUCCGAUUCUGUGGGCAAACUGUUACGGAGGAAGAUAUGUUGGAGAAAACUUUCUCCACAUUUCAUGCAUCAAAUAUAAACUUGCAACAACAAUAUCGGUUGUAA